UUCCAGAAGCAUUCUCUCCUGACGUUUCGCCCACAUCUAUGGCAGGCAUCCUCAGAGGUUGUGAGAUAUAGUCGCUAUGUAUUUUAUGAAUGUUAUUUUACUGUUAUUGUUUUAAUUAUAUAUGCUGUCAUCGUAUUGUUUUAUCUGUUGAUCAGGCUUGGUCCCCAUGGGAACUGCUCUGAGUCUCUUCAGGGAGAUGGAAGUCGGUUAUAAAUAAAGUUUAUUAUUAUUAUUUGUAUUAUUAUUACUAUAAUUAUCAUCAAAUGUUGAUGAGUUCUUUAUUUUGUCUUGACAUGCUUGAGUUUUAAAAAUCAUAGCUAGCUGGCACGUAGGAGAAUAAGUCAGUGAUAAGAGGAGUAGGCUCAGGUCAUCACAGGAGAUCCCUACCAGGCCAAUGAGAAUUAUUUUGGGGGAUGCUAGGAUAUUUGGAGAGUUGGUGUGUGUCAUAAGGAGUUCAAGUGUCACAUUGGCCCACAUUCAAGGGUGCUUUGUAGUCUAUGGUCUACACAAUUCGUAACCUGAUUACAGAUGUAGACAAGAGGUCAUGACAGGAACUGUUGAGUAAUGCACCUGGAAAGGAUUUCAACAAAAGUUCGGUCAAUACCUUUCUCAUACAAAUCAACGCAAGACAGAAAAUGUGGACUGCUCUGCAAAGGCUUGUGUAAUGAUUCUUCCUUGUCUUGUCUUUGGGUUUUCAUCUUUUAACAAUUGUAUUUUCACACUCCUGCAACGGCUUACCUUUAGAGGCAGGGAAAUGAGCCAUUUCUAUCAAACGUCUUUUGCCCACAUAGUCAACAAAACAGUGCAGUUUUCCUCUGAUACAAAAAUCAAGCUGAGGGACAGGCAGUUCAAUGUAGUCUGCAACAAACAAAAGCACUAAGGAAGCAGGCAACAUGAGAAACUCAUUCAUUUGCAUAGUUUGAUGAUAUUUCCAGUGCACUAAAAUGGACAGCACAGGUCUGCUUCCAGCAUUUUCUACUUCUGCUCAGCAAUAUUUAUUUUCUAAAUAAAAUGAUUAACUGCUUCCUGUGCAAGAAUCAGAAGUUCAAGAGAUAUGUCUUCUCCCAAGACUAUUGCCUUAUUGGUAACUGAAGCUGUCUUGGACAUCAGUGGGCUCAUCUGUAAUGGCUUUAUCGUUAUUGUGAUCAUUCAGUGGACUAAAUGCAGGACCCUUGCAUCCAUUGAACAGCUUCUUCUAAGCCUGGCUCUGUCCAAUGGGUGCGUGACAAUUGUCAUUGGUGUAUUCCACUUUGGUUUUGCAUCUGAAGAUAAUUUCAGUUCUUUAAUUUUUGAGAUAUGGUACUCCUUUUUUUUCUUUGCUGUGAUAUUCAGAUAUUGGCUCACUGCACUGCUAUGUUUUUUCUACUGCAUCAAGAUUGUGAGCAGUACCCACACUUUCUUCCUUUGGUGCAAACUGAGGAUGUCAUGGCUAAUACCCCGACUUCUGGUGGGAUCUGUUAUUAUCGCUUUGUUAGCUUUCAUUGUGUCAUUAAGUACUAUGCAUAUAUCACCGCAAGAAAGCCCAGUGGCCAAUGAUACAAUGCUUACCCGAGGAAAAUUACUGAAAGAAACCAUCACAAGUUUUGAUAUGUUCUUUUCAGCUGUUGGAUCUGGUUGUCCUUUUCUUGUGGUUUUAUUGUGUUCCAUUUUAGUUGUUGCCUCACUCUGUGGGCACAUCUGUCAAAUGUCGGGUAAAGAACCCCAUCUCAGGAGUUUUCAGACAAAAGCUCAUAUCAAGGCAGCUGGGACAGUGCUAUCUCUGCUAUUGCUUUAUCUUUUAUUUUUUAUUGUACAGACUUUUUCUAUGACUGAAAAUAUAGAAUACAGUGAAGAAUUUAUUUUGGCAGUGAUGGCUGUAUAUUCUCCAGCUCAAGCUGCCAUUCUGGUGUUGAAUAACCCCAAAUUAAAGAAAGGAUUAUCCUUGAUGGUUCAAAGAAUCAAGCUUUAA